UGUCAAAGGAGCCACGGUUCCACCGUCUCAGCCUCCCUCUUACUUCUGAUUUUCAUUGAGUUAUUUUCCCACUCACUCUUUUCUAGACUAAGGUGAAGUACCUGAAGCUGACAUCGGCCAUGCUGCAGAAAGAGUUUGGAGGGGACAUCCCAGAUAGCGUGGAGGGGCUGGUCCGCCUGCCAGGAGUUGGACCUAAGAUGGCUCACUUGGCUAUGAACAUUGCCUGGGACCAGGUGUCCGGGAUUGGCGUGGACACACAUGUGCAUCGUAUCUCUAAUCGGCUGGGCUGGCUCAAGAAACCCACCAAGAACCCAGAGGAAACACGCAAGGCCCUGGAGGAGUGGUUACCCAGGGAGCUGUGGAGUGAGAUCAACUGGCUUCUCGUGGGUUUCGGUCAGCAGGUUUGUCUCCCCGUCAGUCCUCUCUGCUCUGUGUGUCUGAACCAGCACAGCUGUCCGUCCGCCCACAGGAUCUCUCCUACAAAGAGGCCUAAAGCUGGAUCCCCACGGUCUCCGAGUCAAACCUCUUCCUUGACAACAAAAACUGAACCUGAACAAGAAUCUGCUGUCAAACAUGAGAGCACAAAGACGGAGACACUGCAAACACCUGUUUCCCCCUCUGCACAGAGACGGAAGCUAAAAAGCAAAGUUAAUCAUUGAUUCAGUUUUUGUCUACGCUGUGACCAAAUAAAUGUAAACACGCACACACUGAAAGAUAUUGUAAGACACGCAUCUAAGCUAACCCUCGAUGUGAAUGUUUCUGAAUAUUUCAUCAUAGCUUUAGUGUCAAAUAAAACUGCUUUUAAUAAGAUUAGUUUUAUUUGACACUAAAACAAAACUUUUUACACUUUUUAUGUCA